UUUUGCAAACAUAUAAUCCUUCAGAAGCCAGUAGGCAAUAUUUUUUAGCUUCAGUCUUUUGGAACUUGUGAGUUUUGGUGGAGAUUUAAAUUUAAAAUCUAAUUAACAUUUUUGUGUUGAUUUUACUCUUUCUGUUGAUCUUAUUUCAUUGUUAUCUAUUUAAAUCCAUCUUUGUGGCGAUCUCGGAAGAUUACAACGGUUUUUGUUUACUUACGGUGGCGUUGUAGUGAAAGCUCUAUUCACUAACAUAUGUAAUUGGUAUUUGUUUGUCUUCUAAUCAAGUCGCAUUUAUUAGCUUGUGAAAUGUCUCCUCGUCAGUUCUCACGACUAAUAUGUUCAACAAAUAUACCAGAAAAUCAUCCAGAGGCGACAAUAUAUUUGAAAUAUCUUGCACCAACUUUAAAAUUAUUGAACCUGUUGAAAUGUUAGUUACUUAAUAACCUUGUUUUCUUCCUUCGCGACUACCAUGUUCAACUUGAUUUGUUUUCUACUUUACUCCUUCACUGAUACUUAUGUCUGAAUUUCAAUCUGAUCUCCAUGCUUAUCAAGAUAUUAAUUUGUUAAUUUGUUAAUUUUUUAAUUUUUUAAUUUUACAAUUAAACAAUAAUUGAAUAUAUUGUCACAAGUGUUUAUAUUUAAUUCUACAACUUAAACUCUUCCCUCUUCGGCUGGCUGAUAUGGUUGUGAAGAGAUCUCAAGUAUCAACACAGUAAUCAGACAAUUUUAAACUUGAAACCUUAACAUCCCGAUAACGAUAAUAUACUAUACAUAGUCAGUAGCUCUUAAUUGUUUUUGUUUUACCGAUUAAUCUAACUGAUCUUUACUUCUUCUUUAGCGUCCGUUCUGACUUAUGGUACUGUUAACCCAAUUUUGAAACAAAACCUCUGACUUUCACUAGAUUGCCAUCUAGAUAUCAGCUUACGUUCAUGAACACAGAAAUCGCCAUGAUUUCAGCUUCUUCUACCCACAAUACUGAUGCCUCGUUGACCACUGAUGAUGAAGAUUCCGAUCACAAGUCAACAACAAGUUACAAAGAGAGGCGUCGUGAGGCUCAUACCAUGGCUGAACAGAAAAGAAGAGACGCUAUCAAAAAAGGAUAUGAAGAGCUUCAAUCAUUAGUUCCAACUUGUGCUCAGCAAGAUUCUGUGUCGAGUUACAAACUCAGCAAAGCUACAAUCCUACAAAGAUCGAUUGAGUAUAUACAGUAUAUGCAGGUGCAGCAAAAAAAAGAAGAAGAAGAUUUACAGUCACUUCGCAAAGAAGUUAUUGCUCUGCAGAUAAUGAAAGCCAAUUAUGAACGUAUUGUUAAACAUCAUCAACUAGCUCAACCUGGACAAACUUGUAAUCAAGUCAGUGAAGAUGUCAAAUUUCAAGUGUUCCAAGCAAUUUGCGACUCACUUUUCCAAUCGUUUGAUGCUGCAGUGACCGUCAAAAACUUUGAUGAACUCUCAGGAGGUAUUUUCGGUUGGCUCGAAGAACAUUGUAAACCUCUUACUCUUCGUGAUAUUGUUAUUAGCGUGCUGAAACAGCUCAAAAGCCAAAUGAACAAUCAUCAUUAAUCGCCAGACUCAAUCUUUCAUAUUUGUCUUCCUGAAUCAAGUGCAAACUCUUUUAUAGAACUCGCUCGUUUACCUAAAUCCAUUGGAUUAUGAACAAAUUUGCUUAUCUGCCAUAAAAUAAUUGUUAUUUAGUUAGUAUAUACAUGUACAAUCAUGUAAAGAUUGAAUUUUUAUUCAUUGUUACAAGAUUUUCAAUGUAAUUUUUGUCUCAUACUGUUCAUAUAAAGUUACUUAGGGUUAUCAUUUAUAUCCAGCUCACCGUUGGUUUUUAUCAAAGUGUAAUGUCCUUGAUUCAUUAAACUUUCUCUAUCUUUUGC